UCCACUUCUCAAACGCAGCUGAAAAUGGCGGUUGUACUUAACUACCAUCAACCUCUGGGUUUAGCUGUUCAGCCCCAAUCCCAAAACCCUAACUUCAAUUCCCGCAAAAUUUACCGAACCCAACUCAAUACCUUGAAUUCUCGACGGCGCCGAGUAAUCAAUUGCUCGAAUGGAGACUCAGACUCCGACCCAAACAGUCCACAAGAUAAGGAAGUGAACAGUUUGGGAGUCAAAGCCGCGUUGUCGAUGCUCAAAUUCUACAAAAGGGAGAUUUCGCCUUUGAUGCCGAAAAGUUGCCGGUACGUACCGACUUGCAGUGAGUACUCGAUGGAAGCUUACAAGAGAUAUGGGGUUGCAAAAGGUACAGUCUUGACUGCUUGGCGUCUCUGCCGCUGCAAUCCCCUAGGUGGUUCUGGUUAUGAUCCUCCUCGAUGGUUCAAUGAGACAAAUAUGCCUGAAGAAUAACACAAUCCCAUUUGUUGUUCUGCUAUGAAAUUCUGGUGUCUGUUAUAAGCAUUGUGUGCCAUAGUCAUACAUGGUUGAAAUUAAAUUCAAAAUGAUUGCAUAAAGAUGAGCCUAGAUUGCAUUAUUUUAUAGGCAGAAGAAUGAUUAUAUAUAGUCACUACUGUCUAAUCCAUGAUAUAUAUAUAUAUAUAUAUAUAUAUAU